AUGACGUGUAAACCUACAAAGUGGCAAAGCUUUACUGAUGACAUAUUGAGCGAUUUUUUUGGAUCGGAAUCAAACAAAUUUGAAAAUUACGCUACUUAUAAUUCAUUUAAAGAAAACAAAGAUGAUUUAAUUGCUAGUCGAAGUAAGAAAACGGAAGUUUCAUCAGCGACUGGAUCUGGCGGCGGAGAUGAUAAACUAGGGUAUAGUGCGGGUAGUGGCUUGAGAAGCAUUGCUCAAGGGUCAGCCGAACAGGCCCACACAGCUGUGCAAAGUCAAGAUGCCGCCGGUCAUCAGGCUGCGUACGUUGCAAAAAAUACGCUUGCACAAGCAGCUAAUGCUGCAUCCGCUACUGCCCAGGCAGCUUUGGCAGGCAAACAAAUUAUUCUUCAAGGAUUAGAGCAACAACAUCGUGAUGCGAAACUAGGUUUGCAGGGUGAAAAACAACAACUUCAACAAGCUCAAAGAGCCGCGGUUGCUGCCGAGCAAACUUCUCAACAGGCCCAACGCCACGUACAAGUUUUAACCGCGGCCCUAAAUGUUGCUCAAGCUACAGCCGAUGGCGCGGCUCAAACCGCUUCCGAAGCCGCCGGAGAAUUAGCAGCUCAAGUUGCAAUGGUUGGUGCGGCUCAACAACGAGUGGACGCUCUAGCUGAACAGUUGCACGGUGUUCGACUGGACUUUGAAGCAACGCAAGUGGCUGCUCAAAAGGCACAAUUUGCAGCAAUGCAGGCGCAAAACAAUGCCGCUAAGGCAGCUGCUGCGGCAGCCGCUUCAUCUGGAGUUAAAAAUGAGGGAGAUGGACAUCCUAGCAAAGGAGGUGUUCUUCCCGUACCGGCCGAUGUUGGACAAAGUGGACAUUCGGGGAAACUCACGACGUAUAUCAAUGCGGAUUACGAUUAUUAA